AUGGCGUUCCACCUGAGCCGGGACGCGGAAGCCGCGGAUGAGUUGGUUCAGGAGGUCUAUGUCCGGGCGUUCCGUCCCGGCACGAUUGAGCGCUUCGAGGACAAGAGCGCUGAUGACGACCCGACUUCGGGGACCGGAGGCAUGCGAUCGUGGUUGUUCGCGAUCACGCACAAUGUCUUCUACUCGAAGAUCAAAAAGGACAAGCGGCGACCGAUGGCGGUCGAUGAGUUCUUUAACGAGUCGUCGGACGAGUUGAUGCCCGAUGAGGCGCCGCCGGUGUAUGACCGCGCGUCGCUGGACUUCGAGCAUGUCGAUGAGAAGCUCAAGGAGGUUCUCUUCGGAUUGAAAGAGGAGUACCGCGAGGUGCUGCUGAUGUGGGCGGUCGAUGGUCUGAAGUACCGUGAGAUCGCAGAGAUAUUGGAAGUCCCGAUCGGGACUGUGAUGAGUCGGCUCCAUCGCGCUCGUAAGGUGCUCAGUGAUGCACUGAUGGGCGAUGAGCAAGCCGUGGAAGAACUUGGUUUGAGGGUGAUGUCAGGCGGGUCCGCUGGUGAUGCAGCGGAUGAUCGGACGGAACUCUGCAUCGCUUCAAUGCUGCGUGCGUGUGCUGAUGGCGAGCUGUGUCCAGAAGGAUGCGAACGGCUCAAGAAAUAUCUCGCAGAGAAUCCGGAUGCCGCGGCGCGUGUCGAGUUCGAGAAACAACUCCGCGACUGCUGUGAUCGUGUGAUGAGCAAACCCAAGUGUCCAGACGCGCUUCGCGCCAAGAUCCAAGGGCUCGCAGGAGUUGCGGCGGACGCAUCGGCGGAGCACCAAUCCUCGUCGUAUAUCGAGGCAUCCAACGAGAUGACGCGUCAGAAGAGUUUCUGGCAGCGCAGUCCUGUGAUGAGCGCGAUGGCGGCGGUGUUGAUCCUCGCGGCGGGGGGAUUGAUCUGGCAGAGCUCGUCGCUGAUCACCAAAUCCAGCGGUAUUGGGGUCUCUCAGACCUCUCCUGCGAGUUAUGCCGAGCGCGUGGGCAACUUUGUCGCACAAGAGCAUGAGCGAUGCUCUGAAGAACAAGCGGCACAGAACAAGCUGGUCUACAACGAGAUCGACGAAUCGAUCGCGUACUUCUCAGAUCGAUUCGAGCACUCAGUAACGAUGCCUGCGUCGCUUGGGGAGCAGGAACAGAUUCGCUUUUACGGCGGAGGGGAUUGUCAUCUUCCGGCAACCAGCGCUUCGGGACACAUGCGAUUCGAUGCCGUGGGUCUUGAGGGACAGGUGGUCUCGCUGAGUCUGUUUAUCGCACCGGAUCCAGGAUUUCUGGAGAUGAGCGAGGGUACGACCUAUGUGCUCGACUCGACGCAGUGCAAGGAACAGGGCGCGAAUCUGUUCGCGUGGACACGCGAUGGAGUGAUGUAUCUGCUGGUUUCAGAAGCCGGCGAGGAUAUGUGCGCCUCGGUGCGAGGCAUGAUGCAAGCUCCAGCAAUUGUGACCAGUUCGAGCGAACCGACUGACGGCGAACGCGAGUAUGAUUUGUGUACGAGGAAGGAUCCAUCCAUGAGCAUUGAUCAACGCAGCAUAUUCAGCACUGGACGCGGGUUGGCCUCAGCGGUCUUGAUCGGUACGCUGACACUCUGUAGCGGUCAGGCGCUGGCGCAGAACGCGUUGGGUGAUGGCAAGGGAUUGCAAGCGAAUCCGAGACAGGGAUCUGGAGGUCGCAACUAUGAGCGUCCGAGUUUGGAGCGAGAGGUGCAGUUCCGCAACGCGAUCGCGACAGGGAACGCGCCAGGUGGUCUCAGCUUUCGGGGUGAUCUUGGAUAUCGAGCGGCUGGUGAGUUCUCUGCAGAGCUCGGAUCAGACACGCUGUACACCUAUCGCCGAGACACGCUGUAUUCCGGACUCGCCGGGAUGGGUAUCCGAGGCACUGAUGCGUUGCAGUACCAGUUCUCGAUGACGACCGGCUCGCGCGUGACUCGCAACAUGAUGGGGAAUCUCGCGGUGUCUCGUGACUACGGCGCGAGCUCCGCACAGUUCAGUGGUGGGAUCGGCGCGUCUGAUCCGAUCGCGAUCGAUCCGCAGAGCCGAUUCGCAGAGUCUCGAUCGAAUGUCAGCGGGACGCUUCGCUCAACUUCGACAUACUCGGCGACUUCUGGUUUAGUCCCUGAGUUGAUCUCGGUGUAUGAAUCGGGGAUCCAGCGGGAUCGCUACGGCGUGGUUGCGACGCCUUUGAUGGGAUUGGUCUCGACCCCAAUGGAUACUGGAGUUCGGAUCCGUCGUCCGGGCGAAGCGGAAUCGACACGCGUAGAGACUUCGUAUACCAAGCUCGUGGAAGAUUACAAGACGCGAGCUCGUGAGCUGCUCGAAGAAGCGGAAGCUGUCGAAGACCCUCAGGGGACUGAGAGAGAUCCAACUGGGCUCGGGACUGAAGGCGAGGCCAUCGAGAAUCAGACCGAAGCUUGGAUCAACGAGCAGAUCGGGAAACUCCAGCGUCAGUUGCUCGGUCUCCCAGAUCAGCCGCAGGAAAUUGCGCCGAUUGAUUCUGGUGAGAUUGAGACAGAUCAAACUGACGAGAAUGCUGUACAAAUCAGAGAUCCGCUCACGCCUCGCGCAAACGAGGAAGGCGCUCCUGAGAUUGAUUUUGAUCGCGGAGAGGACCUAGGCGGGCGCACGCAGUAUGAGAUCGAUCCCAAGACGCUUGAGCUGCUUCGCAAGAACGGCGAACGAGUGACUUACUUAGUCGACCCCAAAGCGGGUGUGUCGGAUGUGUUUGUACAACACAUGCGCGCGGGAGAGCGGUUGCUCAAGAACGGUCGAUACUUCGAUGCUGAGGAACGCUUCACCAAUGCGCUUUCUGUGCGUCAAGGAAAUGUCUCGGCGCAGCUCGGCAGAUUGCACGCACAGAUCGGUGCGGGUGUGGUGGUCAGUGCUUCGGUGAAUCUCCAGACGCUGAUGAGCGAGCAUAUCGAGCUGAUCUCUGAGCGAUACUCUGGUGAUCUUCUCCCAUCGCAGGAGCGUGUGAAGGAUCUGAUCCUGAACCUGCGCGAGAGAGCGGGGCUUGAGGGGCGGAGCCCGCUGAUUGCUGAGGAGCCGCGGAGUGUGCGAGUCGCGUGUGCAUUGCUGAUGUCGUAUCUGGGGUAUCAGAUCGAUGAUCGCACGCAGAUGGAAGACGGGUUUGCGGUGAUUCGCGAGAUCGGAUGGAACACAGCCAUGAGUUCUGACUCCGGCGCUGGGCGCGGCGGAUCAUUGCGAGACUACUGGACCGAUGGAUCGGUCUCCCGACUAUGCGCGGCGCUCAGUCAGUUGUCUGGAGUUUCCGUACAGCUGCGCGACGAGCGCGGGAUUGUUCUUGGUCCCGAUGAUGAUGCGGAGUUUUUCGGUGGGAAGGUUGAACCGAUCGACCCAAAGUCGCAUGUGUUUCCAAUCCGAAUCAGUGGUGAUACGGUGAUCGGAUCCGUCGUCGUGGGAGCGAUUGAGGACGAUGGAUCAGGGAACUCACUCGUCGCGAGCGAAGCGGUUGUGCUUCAGAUGGGCGAGCUCAUCGCGUCGAUGGCGACAGAGAUGUGCAGCGAUGUGUCGGAGCUGCGGAUUCGCUACAAAGCGAUCGAGGUGCUCUAUCGGCUCAACGCGGUGCUGGUCGCGGGAGGCCGGGUCAGCGACACACUCAAACUCACGCUCGAAACAGCGCUGGAAGCAUUCGGACUCGAAGCGGGCGCGAUUAUGCUGCUCCCUGAAGAUUCCGAGGGGUUGGGACGCACAGAUCUCGAAGACGAGCUCGAGCGGAGCGCUUCGGUUGGGUUGAGUGAGAAGUGGCUCAACUCGCCGCUGCCGUUGUCAGAGGGGCGUGAGAUUGAUCGUGCUUCGCUCGAUGGAGAAGUCACAGUGAUCGAGGACCUGCACAAGGACGACAGGAUCCUUGCACGCGAGCAGGUCAUCAACGAGGGAUUGCGUUCAUUCCUUGGAACAGGGAUGGUGUUCGAUGGUCGACCGAUCGGUGUGAUUCGUUUGUACUCGCGCACACAGCGGACCUUUACUGGCGCCGAGCGCAGGUUGGUGCGUUCGAUUGGUCAGUCCGCUGCGAUGGCGGUCGAGCAGGCGCGUCUGAUCAAGAUGAAAGCACGCGAACGGCGUACGCAGCGUGCACUCAAGAUCGCGGGGACUGUUCAGCAACGGAUGAUGCCGGAUCAGCUUCCUGUCGUUGAGCAUUUGGAUAUCGCGGCAAGGUUCCGUCCCAGCUUUCAGAUCGCGGGUGAUUUUUACGAUGUCUUCGAGGUGCGCGACAAGAUCGGGAUCAUGGUGGGGGAUGUGGUCGGUAAAGGGAUCGUUGCGGGAUUGCUCAUGAGUGCUGUACGCGCGACACUGCGAGCGUACGCGGAGCUGAGUGAUGAUCUCUCGCGUGUCAUGGCGCGGACGAACGAGGCAAUCCAUCGUGAUACGACGGUAUCAGAGUUCGCGACCAUCUGGUAUGGGGUGUUCGAUCCGACCAACAAUGAGCUGUGUUAUGUGACGGCGGGGCAUGAGCCACCGAUGUUGUUGACGCGUGGUGAUGAUGGGAUCUGGUCGCAUGAGCUCCUUCGAGGAGAGGGUCUCGUCGCGGGGAUCCAAGAAGACGAAGAAUACACGAUGCAACGCGUGGUGCUCAAGAAAGAUCAGAUCGUGGUUGCGUACACCGAUGGCAUGAUGGACGCACUGGACUUUGCGGGUCAACGGUUCGGACGCAAUCGACUGAUCGAAGCGGUGAUCAGCACAUUGAACGAGGAACCCAACGCGGAUGCGGAGCGUGUGAUCGAGCGUAUCUUCUGGCACAUGCGUCAGUUCACCGGAUUACAGCCGCAAGCGGAUGAUGAAACGGUUGUGGUGAUGCGUGCUCAAUGA